UAAAGUUCUCAGUCUCUCCUCAUAACAUUCAGUGUUUCUCAGAGCGUUGUUCAUCGCUCUUACCAUGUUCCCCAGGGUGAUUCUAAAGGGAACUAUGAUCAAAAAAUCUCAACAAAAGAAAAGAACAUCACCUUGUAACUACAAGGAGCGUUUCUUUGUAUUGGAUACACAAGACUUGAAGUACUCGGAACGACGACCAGGGAAAAAGCCCAUGAUGAAAGGUUGUAUCGAGCUCUCCAGAAUCAAGUGUGUGGAGAUCGUGUGUUGUGACGUUCCUAUACCAUGCAACUUCAAGUACCCUUUCCAGGUUUUUCAUGAUACCCAUUACCUCUACAUUUUCGCCCCAGACAAUGAUUGUCGUCAGAGAUGGGUCAGAGCUCUCAAAGAGGAAACAAAACACAACAAUUUGGUCGCAAAAUACCAUCCAAACUUCUGGAUGGUUGGAAAAUGGAGAUGCUGCCAACAAACGGAGAAACUGGCACCAGGUUGUCACGUCUAUGAUCCACUGGGUUAUGCUUCUAAAAAGCCACUUCCUCAACUUCCAGAUCCAAAGAUGGAACUGCAGGGUGGAGAACAGAGGAUGGUCAUCGCUCUGCAAGACUACACAGCACUGGGAGAUGACGACUUGCCUCUUCAGAAAGAUCAAGAGUAUGUCUUGAUCAGAAGCACCCACCCUGACUGGUGGGCUGUGCAAGACAAGCAGGGGAAUAUCGGAUUUGUGCCCAGUAGGUAUGUAGCUGAAAAGUCGGGCAGCAGCUUUGAGAGAUUUGAAUGGUACAAUAAAAACAUCACCCGAGGGGAAGCUGAGAUAUUGCUAAUGAAUGAGGGAAAAGAAGGUGCGUUCAUGGUGCGGGACUCGAGGCAGGCAGGCGUCUACACAGUGUCGGUCUUCACCAAAGCACCGGGGUCAAAUGGGGAGAAGAAUCCGAGAGUGAAACAUUACCAGAUCAGGCAGAGAGAGACGGAGGACGACGCCUUUUACUUGGCGGAGAAGUACCUGUUCAGCACCAUUCCUGAGCUCAUCCUUUACCACCAACACAAUGCUGCCGGCCUGAUAACGCGUCUGAGACACCCGAUCUCUCAGGAUGGAGGCUGCUCCCAGGUCGCCGCUGAUCCCGCAGCAGAUCAGUGGGAGGUGGACCCCGAGGAGCUGAUCUUGGGUCAGGAGCUGGGCAGUGGUCAGUUUGGGCUGGUGCUGGAGGGGAAGUGGAGGGAGACGAGGGUUGCAGUGAAGAUGAUAAGAGAUAAGUGCAUGUCAGACGAGGACUUUAAAGAAGAGGCAAGAGUCAUGAUGAAGUUGUCCCACUCUAGGCUGGUGCAGCUCUACGGUGUGUGCACCCAGCGUUCUCCCAUGUGUCUUGUGUUUGAGCUCAUGGAAAACGGCUGCCUGUCAGACUACCUGCGAGACAGGAAGGGGUGUUUGUCCCAGGAGAUGAUGCUGGGGAUGUGUCUGGAUGUCAGCGAGGGGAUGGCUUACCUGGAGAGUUCCAACUUCAUCCACAGGGAUCUGGCUGCCAGGAACUGUCUUGUGUCAAAGAACAUUGAGGUGAAGGUGUCCGAUUUUGGGAUGACCAGAUUUGUUCCGGACGAUCAGUACACGAGUUCCCAGUGCUCCAAGUUCCCUGUCAAGUGGUCGGCCCCAGAGGUCAUCAAAUACUGCAAGUUCAGCAGCAAGUCAGACAUCUGGUCAUUCGGUGUAAUCAUGUGGGAGAUUUACAAUGAGGGCCGACUUCCUUAUGAGAACCGCUCCAACACUGAGGUGGUGGAGUCCCUGAACUCAGGCAUGAGGCUCCUGAAGCCUCGCAUGGCCCCAGAUGCAGUUUACCAGCUCAUGGACUGGUGCUGGAAAGAGAAACCAGAUGAUCGUCCAUCCUUCGUUCAAGUACUACACGAGCUGGCCGCCCUCAGAAACCUGUGAACAGGGAUAAAAUCUGAUAUUGAUGAUUUUUUAUUUAUUUAAUUUAUAUUGAUUCCUUCACCAGUUGAUUGUCUGAUGUUUUUCAAAGAUGGGAGAAGUUGUCUCAUCUGAUGACAACAAAACACAAGACAAUUUGGAUCCCUGGACAUUGCACUUUAUCUGUUUUACAGUUUUGAAUUUCAUACCUGAGAAUUCUAAUGACGUCCACUCACAAAGCUACAGCUGCUCACUGCAGAUUUAUUCCAGAAGAGCUCUGUUUAUGGGGUGAGGUGGUUAUGUUAUUUGACUGAUUGUCAAUUAAAGGAAAACCUGCUCAUUAAAUGUUCUGUAUUUUUUGUUCUCGACAGUAAAAUGAUGGCACUUGAUCAACGCUAGCUUGACUGCAGGCUAUUGGCAGUGAAUUAAAAUGCUGAUAAUCCUUUUCAACUGUUCUCAAAAUGUCAUAGUUUUGCCAAAGUGAGACUAAAUACACAAAAUUAAAAAAAAAUUCCAAUCGCCAUAGACUUAGGGUGAGUUGAUAUCGGGGAGUUAAAGGUUUCUCAUAAUGAUACAUUGGCCAAUGUUUAAACUUGAAAAGUUUUAGG